AUGGAGGCUCUCAGUAGACCAGCACAGACAGAAGGCUUAUCUGAGCGUGCUGCAAACAUCCUGGCUGGGGCGAAGAGGUGUUCCACCAACGUAGCCUACGACUCCAAGUGGCGGGCAUACAUUGAUUGGUGUAGUGGAAGGGAGGUUGAUCCAUGCAACCCCACUGUUGGCCAGGUAGAUGAUUUUUUUCGUCCAUCUAUUUCACGAGGUGCAUGUGAAGGAACACUAGCAUGCUCAACAUGUCAUUUAUUAUUUCAAAAAGAAGUAUUUGAUAAAUUACCUGAUGAGCCAACAGAUGAAGAACUUGAUAUGUUAGAUCUAGCAUAUGGUUUAACAGAUAGGUAA